AUGUUUAAAUUAUGUUAUAGAUUUGCUAAAACAAACUUGCCAGUGUUUAAACAAUAUCCUUUACAUCCAAAAAUCUUAGAGAUUCUAGAUACUAAAGGAAUACAUACAGCUACUCCAGUAUAAGAUAUGUUAUUCACAUGUGAAAAUAAAGUAAGAUUAUUAAUUGGACCUACAGGAACAGGUAAGACAUAUGCUUAUUUAUUACCAAUACUUGGAAAAUUAAAAUAAGAAGAAGAAGAAUAAAAUAAAAUAUUGACUGAAUAAAAUAAGCCAAGAGCAAUAGUAGUAGUAUCUACAAAAGAAUUAGCAGAAUAAGUAGAAGAUGUAAGUUAAGAAUUUACUAAAGCAAUGAAAUUAAGUACAAUAGCAUUAGGUAAAGGUACUUUUAAGAGGGAAUAAACUUAUUUAGAAAAUGGAGUAGAUUUAGUAGUAACUACUUUAGAAAGAUUGUAGAGACAUAGAAGUGCAUAAUCUAUUUAUUUAUCUAGAGUGUCUCAUUAUGUUGUUGAUGAAAUUGAUACAUUAUUAGAUGCAUCUAUGUAAGAUGAUCUAAAAAAAUUAGCAAUCUAUUUUAAAGAUAAAAAUACUACAAUCACUUAUUCUGGUGCUACAUAUAGUACAAAAGUUAAAAACUUUAUAGAUAAAUAAUACUAGAAUGAAAUUUAAAUAUUAAUUGAAAAAUAAUCGCAUAUGCAUCUUGAAAAUUUAACUCAUGAUUUUGUACAUUGUACUACACUUGAUAAAAGUGAACCUUUUAUGGCAUUAUAUAAAGAAUGUUAAUCUAAAUUUAAAGGUUCUAUUAUUAUAUUUUGUAAUGAAAUUUCUAGUUGUCAUUUUCUUGAAUUCUUUUGUAAGAAAAAUGCUAUUAAAACUGUGUCUCUUCAUGGUGAUUUACCUAAAGGAAUGAGAUCAUAAAAUGUUGCAGAAUUUCGUAGUUAAUAAUGUAAAAUUUUAAUUACUACUGAUUUGGGUGCAAGAGGUUUAGAUUUCCCAUUUGUUGACGCUAUAAUUAAUUUUGAUUUCCCUAAAUCUACUAGUGAUUAUUUACAUAGGGCAGGAAGAGCUGGAAGAGCUGGUAAAAAAGGUUACAUUUUUAGUUUAUAUCAUAAUAAUGAAUAAGCUAUCAUAGAUGAAUUAAGAAAAGCUAAUGAAGGUGAAAGACCAAUAAGAAUAGAGGAAUCAGCAUAUAGUAAAAUUAAUAAAGAAGAUACUCCAAAAUAAAAAGUUAUUAAAUCUAAAUCAUAAUAAUAAUCUAAGCCCAUUUCUUAAAAGUAACAUUAUGUCAAGGGAUAUAAGCCUUCUUAAAAAUAAAAAAAAUAAGAAAGAACUUUGUCAAAAAGUUACUUUUAAAAAGUUCAUGAAAAAAAAGUGUGA